UUGUGUGUGCGGCCUGUGACACGCUGCCCUUGUGCGUUGUGUUGUGGGUGCAGCCUGUGACACGCUGCCCUUGUGUGUUGCAUUGCAUUGAGUGCGGCCUGUGACAUGCUGCCCUUGUAUGUUGCAUUGUGUUGUGAGUGCAGCUUGUGACACCUUACCCUUGUAUGUUGCAUUGUGUUUUAGGUGCAGCCUGUGAAACAUGAACAGCCCGAUGCGCUACCAGCUGGCAAAGCGGACUCGGCUACAGCUGGGACCUGGGAGCCUACGACGUUUCCCAAAGACCCUUUCCGCCAGCAAUUGGUAAAUCCCUGGGGAUGGCCAACAAGAAGGAACCUCCUUUCUUCAACGAUGACAACGUGGGGCAGCUUCACUACAAACUCCCUUUCUAUGAAACGAUGGAGCUCUUCAUCGAAACGCUGACGGGAACCUGCUUCGAGCUGCGAGUGUCUCCCUUUGAAACUGUGAUUUCGGUGAAAGCGAAAAUUCAAAGAUUGGAAGGUAUUCCUGUCUCUCAGCAGCACUUAAUUUGGAAUAAUGUAGAGCUGGAAGAUGACUAUUGCUUGAAUGAUUACAACAUUUCGGAAGGUUGCACUUUGAAGCUGGUACUGGCUAUGCGAGGUGGGCCUAUUAACACUAGAAGAGUUCCUGUGGAAGACCCUAUUAGGGAAAUGGCUGAAUACAUGGAUCCCAGUCGAGAUGAGGUCUGGGAGAAGGGGCCUUCCAACAAACAAGUUACCUUCUUGGUGUACCGGGAAGGAGAUCAGUUGAAUUUCUUCCGUGUGGUAGACAGGGGGGAUGGCACUUUAACACCAUUAUCUGAAUCUUUAAGUGGUGGCUCAGUUUAUAAUUUGUAUGCAGACGACGAGGAAGAAACAGAGGCAUCUCCUUCCGGCCAACAGAUUAUUGAGAAUUCAAUUACUAUGAACAAAAUGAAGCUGCUUAAGGCAAAGAUGGAAAACAUGAAUCUAAGUAAAAAGCCUAAGAAGACUGUCAAGGUGAAACCUCGUCCACCAAUGGUUCCUCGACCGUCUAGCGGUUCGACAGCAGCUGCUCGUCACCGUUUUUUAAGAGUACUCCCCCACAUUGGACAGUCCUGCCUACCUCCUCCUGGGAAUUCAUAUCCCUCGGAGUCUUCCCAGAAUGCACUUUCAGCUUUGGCUACUUUGGCCACUGCUGGUAGAACAAUGCCAUCCAUUCCUAGUGACUUUCUUAAGGAAGAUGACAACUGGGAGAGCACCUCCCGGUCGCAGUCAGUUAAUAGCAUUCGACUACCGCCGAAAAUAUCUCGCGUCGAACUCGACAAUACAAAACUACCUGCAAACAGCUUCCUUCCCCCUGUCCCGUCGCUGCCUAUGAAUUCUGAAAAAGCUUUAGAAAAUGUGACAUCCACAAAUGAGGAAGAACCUAUCUUGUAUCCACUUCUACCAAAUGUAGAACUGUGUGCAACAGAAGAAAAGCUUCUACCUGAAACAGAUGCUUUUGCUUUAUUAGCGGAAGCAAAUGCUGCUGAGCAGUACAGCGAACUGUAUGGAAUAGGGAAGGUAAACCCAGAGCUUGGACUGUCUGAUGGGGAUGAGGAGUCUAAAGCUGUAGAGCAGCAUAGCAAGCCCAUUACAAAAAUCCUGAGCGCGGCAGCAGUGGAGGCUGGGUAUCUCAACACUCGUGAACUAAGUCCUCAGAAGAACACAUUCUUGUCACCUCUUCGGUAUUCAGCCCAAAUGGCACAUCACAGUUCUCUGAAACCGCAGCCGCAACCCAAAUGCUUUGAGGUUGGUAACUUGAGGCCUGCUGCCUCCCCAAAUCUGCUCCGAUCUUUGGAGGUCCACAAUACGGCCGACUCCUCUUUCCCAAGGACUACCAGAUUUCGUGGUGUGAAGGUAGACUCGCCUGGCAAAAGACCCGAUAUCAUUUCUAAAAUGGAGGCUCGGGACAUCACAGAGGUGGCAAACAAGGCAUCCAAAGAACCUGUGGGUUCUGUAAAUAACUUAGAAUUUUUAGCUUCGCUGGCCCGAAGCGCGAGCAGGGAAAGUUUACAGAAUUCCUGCGGGACGGGCAGGUUUCGGACUUCUGGUAUUGCACUACCUACAAACCUCCAGCGUUUUCAGGAAGAAAGCUUUAAGAAAGCCUCUCCCCCCGAUGAUGCUGCUGAAUAUUUCCUGCCUGCCCAUGGGCUUGGAAUGAAUGGAAAUGUUGCAGCUACAGGGAAAAGAAUAGCAGGUGAAGCAACCCAUCUCCCACCUGUGAAUGGUUCAAUGCAAACAAAAAAGAAAAUUACAAAACACUGCUUUCUCUGUGGCAAGAAAACUGGAUUGGCAACCAGCUAUGAAUGCAGAUGUGGAAACAACUUCUGUGCUACUCAUCGCUAUGCAGAGACUCACACCUGCACCUACGACUACAAGAGCGUGGGGCGGAGGUACUUGCAGGAGACGAAUCCUGUUGUUAGUGCACCAAAGCUUCCCAAAAUCUAACUGUGGUUGUGUUGCCAUGGCAGAAUUGUAUUACAUUGAGAGAAGCAGUGUUUGCUUCGACUGCAUUUAUUUUGCCCCGCUCCAUACCUAAAGAUUUGCCAAGUAACAAAAAGCACACGAGGAUGCAUCUGAGUGAAGAAUAAUGUGAACACUACUGUUGCUGACACCUUUGUCCUUUAGUGAAUCAAAAGUUUAAAAAGUAGUUUUUAAAAACUUACACUAUGAUUUAACUGUUCUUGCACGUCUUGUGUUAAGUGUUUUAUAUCUGAAGAUGCUAUUUCACUAGACAAGUCUUUAAAAGAUGCACUUUACUAAGUUUCAUAUUUACUGUAUAACCAGACUUGAGGGGGCGCUGUAACGAGGGUGUCAUGUAACGUCUCUGUACUCUACCUUGUGUUUCGUCCAUUGUGUGGUAUCUUAAGUUAUUUCACUAGGAAGAUCUCCCCCUUACUUCAAACCACCUGUCCAGAGCUUCAAAGAGUGUGGUACUUUCUGCACUUCUGUUCCUUUCCGAUUGGCAUUCAUAUACUGUGUAUCCAUUCUGCAAAUAACAUAUCAUGGUAAUCACACUAUUUCUUAAAAUACUACUCUUUAUAUGGCAGUUUUUUUAAAUAGAGAAAUCCCUUUGUUGCCAUUAAAUACAAGGAACAGCUUAUUUUAACUUUUUUUGUAAUCCUAGAUUUUUUAAAACUUCACAACUUGAUUUGUUAAGAUGUUGAGUGCUGUUACCAGAAGAAAUUCUAAUAAAUAUUAAAUUUUA